UUUCUCUUUAUAUAUGUUCUGUGCCUUCCACCAUGCUUGGAAACCCUAUGUUGCAGUUUUCCGGGCACAAAUAAAUUAGCGGAAAAAAAAAAAGAGUAUAAUACUGUUAUCAAAUACAUCAAUUGUAAUUAUCUUUGCGAUAUUUUUGGAAUCAUGAAUAAUUCUACUUUUAUUCUUGAUAAUGGCGCUUACACAGCAAAAGUUGGUUUAUCCACUGAGACACCCAAAUUAGUUCCGAAUUGCAUAAUGAAAGCGAAGAGUGAACGUCGCAGGCCUUUUGUAGGAAAUCAGAUUGAAGAGUGCAGGGAUGCUUCUGGGCUCUUUUACAUUUUACCUUUUCAAAAAGGUUAUCUAGUGAAUUGGGAUAUUCAAAAGACUGUAUGGGACUAUAUAUUUUCAAAAGAAUCUUGUUCAGUUAAUUUAAGUCAGAUGUCUGUAAUAGUGACUGAACCUAUAUUCAAUUUUUCAAGUAUUCAAGAGGCUAUGACAGAGAUUUUCUUCGAGGAAUAUGAAUGUCACAGUCUCCUGAGAAUAAAUGCUGCGAGUCUUUCAUGUUACAAAUAUAGAGCUGAAUAUCCUACUACAAAAUGUUGUAUAGUAGUGGAUAGCGGAUACAGUUUUACACACAUUAUCCCUUAUAUUAAUGAUACAAAAGUAAAAGAAGGAAUACGAAGGAUAGAUGUGGGUGGUAAACUCUUAACAAAUCACCUGAAAGAAAUUAUAUCGUAUCGUCAAUUGCAUGUUAUGGAUGAAACAUAUGUAAUCAAUCAAGUGAAGGAAGAUUGUUGUUUUAUAUCCCAAGAUUUCUUUAAGGAUAUGGAACAGGCCAAACAUAAAUUGGAGAGCAAUACCAUUGUUAAAGAUUACGUUUUGCCAGAUUAUACCACAUUGCGACGUGGAUAUCUUAAAGAUCCUGAGCCAUCUAAUGAGCAACAAACUUUACGUUUGACUAAUGAGAGAUUUGCAAUACCUGAGAUAUUAUUUCAUCCUUCAGAUGUUGGCAUUCGACAAAUGGGUAUUCCAGAAGCUAUUAUGGAUUCUAUAAAGACUUGCAGCGAAGAAAUGUGGCCUCAUUUUCUCUCCAAUAUUAUUCUUGUUGGUGGUAAUGCAAAAUUUCCAGGAUUUAAGGACAGAGUCUACAAAGAAGUUAGAAGUUUAGCUCCAGCUGAAUACCCAGUGAAUGUCUACUUGCCACAAAACCCCAUUACUUACUCAUGGUAUGGUGGGAAGCAACUUUCACAAGACACAAUAUUUCCUAAUCUUAUGGUAACGAGAGAAGAGUAUGAAGAAGAGGGACCAUCUUUAUGUUUCGAAAAAUUUGACAUAUAAUUCUGUUCUUGUUAUACAAUAUCUAUUAAUAAAAAAUGAAUUUGAUACAAAUGAAAUGUUUCCUACAAAAACCUGAGUUGGAUCACUGACGUUACACUGUAAUCCGAUUGAAGACGUUUCUUACUACAGGGGUUACAUCGUACAUCUCCUAUAGUUACUCGUUUUAAAUUUUUCGCCGAUGAUUGCCGCUGAAAAGAAAAGUGCUACUCGUAAGAUUUUUUAAGAUGAUACAACCUGGGAUACGAAUAUAAAAUUUUAUUCUUAUAUCGUUGCAUUCUUCUUUUGAUAUACAAUUUUCCUUAAAUUUUUAUUUCCGCGUACACACACCUUCCUUUUAACAUUAUACCAUAUUCCUCGUUACUUGGGGUAUGACAGCUUUACAAAAUUAUAAUUGCCUAUCAAAAUUAUAUUCUUAGAUGUUUAAGAACGACGCACAUCUGAUUGUUGAAAUUUAAUCUUAUAUUAAAAUUAUUAAAUGAUAUACAAUUAAGAUAACAAAGAGACUUGUAAUUUUUAUAAGUAAAAUUAUAAAUACUGUACCGUUAUGUACUGCUUAAUAAAUGCAUUAUAGACAAACGUA